AGUUGUUAUUAACUUAUACGUUAAUAAUUUUAUAAGUUUUAUUCUAUUUUCUUUAGAUAUAAAACUAUUUUGCCAAAAUAAAAAGCAAUUUAAACAGAGGAAUUUCCAUAAUGGUUGAUGAAUGUACAAGGAAGACGCUUAGCAACAUUCCAUUACUGCAAACCCGUGCAGGACCACGGGACAAAGAGUUGUGGGUGCAAAGACUAAAGGAGGAAUAUCAAGCACUUAUUAAAUAUGUUCAAAACAACAAGGAAUCGGGAAGUGACUGGUUCCGAUUAGAAUCCAAUAAGGAAGGCACACGUUGGUUUGGGAAAUGUUGGUAUAUGCACAAUCUACUCAAAUAUGAGUUUGAUAUCGAGUUCGAUGUACCGGUAACAUAUCCUACAACCGCGCCAGAAAUAGCUCUUCCUGAACUGGAUGGGAAAACUGCAAAAAUGUAUAGAGGUGGGAAAAUUUGCUUAACUGAUCACUUUAAACCACUGUGGGCGCGCAACGUACCAAAAUUUGGAAUUGCACAUGCAAUGGCUUUGGGUUUAGCACCAUGGUUAGCUGUUGAAAUCCCUGAUCUUAUAGAAAAAGGCAUAAUAGCUUAUAAGGACAAAUGAUAAAUUAUAGGAGAAAAAAAGUGGUACUAUAAUAGAAAGCCGAAAGUGUUGUCGUGCCUGAAAGAAACUGAAAUAAAUUUUAAAUUAAACAAUAAACUAUAGUUUAUCUGUUUUGGUAUACACAAUUCCACGUUAGAUUUUCGGCAAAAAUAAUAAGUUAAAGUGGAAAAAUGUAUCGGUCACCAUCACUUAUCAAAGUGGUUAACAUGUCGAAUUUGGAUCCAA